AGAGCAGCGUGGGAAGGCGGCGAGGAGGCGCGAGUCACGCAGCACGAGCGGGAGCCCGAGUCCGGCGGAUCUCCAGAGGCUCCUGGAAAUAGGCAGCCCUUCCCGAGUUACCCCGGCUCCCGGGCUUAGCCCCCCACGACCUGGCUCCUCUGCUUCUCGUUAGCCCACUUCCCCUGUCGCUCCCCCAUGCCCCCAGCUGAAGGGGUGCAGGCCACAGCUCUGCUCCCUCCAUUCCCCUCCUGGCCACUCGCAGGCCAGGCGUGCUUUCUCCGGCUCUGUGCACAAAGAUAGUCGGACUCGCACCUAACCGCGGGCGGGUUCCUUCUGACGCCAGGAGCCCUUGGACCAAAAGCUAAAGAAGGAGAGCAGGCGGGUGAGGCACCCUCGGGGCCCCGUCAUGGAGGAGGGCUUCAGAGACCGGGCCGCCUUCAUCCGCGGGGCCAAAGACAUUGCCAAGGAGGUCAAGAAGCACGCGGCCAAGAAGGUGGUGAAGGGCCUGGACAGAGUCCAGGACGAGUAUUCCCGAAGAUCCUACUCCCGCUUUGAGGAGGAGGACGACGACGACGACUUCCCCGCCCCUGCGGACGGCUACUACCGCGGGGAGGGGGCCCAGGACGAGGAGGAAGGGGGUGCGUCCAGCGACGCCACCGAGGGCCACGAUGAGGACGAUGAGAUCUACGAGGGGGAAUAUCAGGGCAUCCCCCGGGCGGAGUCCGGGGGCAAAGGCGAGCGGAUGGCCGAUGGGGCGCCCCUGGCUGGAGUGAGGGGGGGCUUGGGCGAUGGGGAGGGCCCCCCCGGGGGCCGGGGGGAGGCACAGCGGCGGAAAGACCGAGAGGAGCUGGCCCAGCAGUACGAAGCCAUCCUGCGGGAGUGCGGCCACGGCCGCUUCCAGUGGACGCUCUAUUUCGUGCUGGGGCUGGCGCUCAUGGCUGACGGUGUGGAGGUGUUUGUGGUCGGCUUCGUGCUGCCCAGCGCAGAGAAAGACAUGUGCCUGUCUGACUCCAACAAAGGCAUGCUGGGGCUCAUCGUGUACCUGGGCAUGAUGGUGGGGGCCUUCCUCUGGGGAGGUCUGGCUGACCGGCUGGGCAGGAGACAGUGUCUGCUCAUCUCGCUCUCCGUCAACAGCGUCUUCGCCUUCUUCUCGUCUUUCGUCCAGGGCUAUGGCACUUUCCUCUUUUGCCGCCUCCUCUCUGGGGUCGGGAUUGGAGGGUCCAUCCCCAUUGUCUUCUCCUAUUUCUCGGAGUUUCUGGCCCAGGAGAAGCGUGGCGAGCAUUUGAGCUGGCUCUGCAUGUUCUGGAUGAUUGGCGGCGUCUACGCGGCCGCCAUGGCCUGGGCCAUCAUCCCCCACUACGGGUGGAGCUUCCAGAUGGGGUCCGCUUACCAGUUCCACAGCUGGAGGGUCUUUGUCCUCGUCUGCGCCUUUCCUUCUGUGUUUGCCAUCGGGGCUCUGACCACACAGCCCGAGAGCCCCCGCUUCUUCCUAGAGAACGGGAAGCACGACGAGGCCUGGAUGGUGCUGAAGCAGGUGCACGACACCAACAUGCGCGCCAAGGGGCACCCGGAGCGCGUCUUCUCGGUGACCCACAUUAAGACAAUUCACCAGGAGGAUGAGUUGAUCGAGAUCCAGUCAGAUACCGGGACCUGGUACCAGCGCUGGGGAGUCCGGGCCUUGAGCCUGGGAGGACAGGUUUGGGGGAAUUUCCUCUCCUGCUUUGGCCCCGAGUAUCGCCGCAUCACCCUGAUGAUGAUGGGAGUGUGGUUCACCAUGUCAUUCAGCUACUACGGCCUGACCGUCUGGUUUCCCGACAUGAUCCGCCACCUCCAGGCGGUGGACUACGCCGCCCGCACCAAAGUGUUCCCCGGGGAGCGGGUGGAGCACGUGACUUUCAACUUCACGCUGGAGAACCAGAUCCACCGAGGGGGGCAGUACUUCAAUGACAAGUUUAUCGGGCUGCGCCUGAAGUCUGUGACGUUCGAGGACUCCCUGUUCGAGGAGUGCUACUUCGAGGACGUCACGUCCAGCAACACCUUCUUCCGCAACUGCACCUUCGUCAACACCGUGUUCUACAACACUGACCUGUUUCAGUACAAGUUUGUGAACAGCCGUCUGGUGAACAGCACGUUCCUGCACAACAAGGAGGGCUGCCCGCUGGACGUGACCGGGACGGGCGAGGGCGCCUACAUGGUGUACUUCGUCAGCUUCCUGGGGACGCUGGCGGUGCUUCCCGGGAACAUCGUAAGUGCCCUCCCAACUGAAGAAAUUCUGUGACGUGGCCGGCUGCGCAUGCUCGCCGGCUCCAGUGUGAUGUCCUGCGUCUCCUGCUUCUUCCUGUCUUUUGGGAACAGCGAGUCAGCCAUGAUCGCUUUGCUCUGCCUUUUUGGGGGGGUCAGCAUUGCCUCCUGGAACGCGCUGGACGUGUUGACUGUCGAACUCUACCCCUCGGACAAGAGAACCACCGCCUUUGGCUUCCUGAAUGCGCUGUGCAAACUGGCGGCCGUGCUGGGGAUCAGCAUCUUCACAUCCUUCGUGGGGAUCACCAAGGCUGCACCCAUCCUCUUUGCCUCGGCUGCCCUUGCCCUUGGGAGUUCUCUGGCCCUGAAGCUGCCUGAGACCCGGGGGCAGGUGCUGCAGUGAGGGGUGCCCAGGGCGUGGGGUGGCAGGCACACUGUGAGACCAACAGCUUCUCCCCUCCCUGCCCUGCCACUGCGGCCCCCCAGCCCUCUUUCCCU